UGGGGUUUGAAAUCUGAGUUCAUUUUGUGGUCCUAAUCAGACUCAUGAUCCGCCUCUGUUUUGAGGGGUCACAUAGUGGGUAGAUCUUGUUAUCUUCAUUCUCGGCAUUUUUGUGUUUUGGUCUUCUUUCUGAAUAAUUUCGUUUUAGAUUCUUUCCCACCCCAAUAUCUUCCAAAAGCAGUUGAUGGGUCUUGUCUACAAAUUUAGAUUUAUCAUCUUCAUGCUUUCUCUCUUUUCCAGGUUCAUAUCUAAUUUACCAGUCUUUUGGGAUUUCAGAUCUAGUAAUAAAAUUUGAGAUUUUCUGAAAACCAGAAGCAAAAUGAAGUUUAUGAAACUGGGAUCAAAACCUGAUUCAUUCCAGAAUGAAGGAGACAACACAAGGUAUGUAGCUACUGAAUUGGCAUCUGACAUUGUUGUAAUUGUUGGCGAUGUCAAAUUUUACCUUCACAAGUUUCCACUCUUGUCAAAGAGCGCCAAGUUGCAGAAACUAGUAUCGAAAACGACCGACGAUAACCAUAAUGAAAUCUCCAUUCACGAUAUUCCCGGAGGACCAACAGCUUUCGAGAUUUGCGCUAAGUUCUGUUACGGUAUGACCGUAACACUAAACGCGUACAACGUGAUCGCAGCCCGUUGCGCCUCCGAGUAUCUCGAGAUGUACGAAACCAUCGACAAAGGAAACCUCGUUUACAAAAUCGAUGUUUUCCUCACCACGAGUGUCUUCAAGAGUUGGAAGGACUCAAUCAUUGUUCUUCAAACGACAAAGUCUCUCCUUCCAUGGUCUGAAGAGCUGAAACUUGUCACUCACUGCGUAGAAUCAAUCGCUUCGAAAGCCACAAUCGAUUGUUUGAAAGUCGAGUGGUCGUAUACGUAUAACCGAAAAAAACUUACGUCUGAAAAUUGGAACGGUGUUAGGAAGAAUCCAAUUGUUCCUAAAGAUUGGUGGGUGGAGGAUCUUUGCGAGCUUCCUGUCGAUUUGUUUAAAAGAGUCAUAACUUCAGUUAGAGCGAAGGGGAAGUUGUCUUCAGACGUUAUCGGAGAGGCUCUGGUUGCGUUUGCGGUGAGAAGGGUACCAAGUUUUGGUAAAGGAGACGUGGGAAAGAAUAAGUACGUUGUUGAAACGCUGGUUUCGUUAUUGCCUAAUGAAAAUGGUAGCGUUCCUUGCGGUUUUCUACUUAGAUUAUUGCAAUCGGCGAUUCCUUUAGAAUGCGGAGAGAAUGUGAUAAAGGAGCUGACGGGGAGAAUUAGUCGACAGCUAGAGGAGGCGACGGUUUCUGAAUUGUUAAUCCCUGCGCCGGCUGGCGAGGUAACGAUUCACCAUGUUGGUGUAGUGCAGAGCCUUCUUGAAGAGUUUGUUAAGAAAGAUAACAGCGAUGAACUCGAUUACUCUGUUUCGGAAUCUUCCAAAUCGAAAGUGGCUAAGGUUAUUGACGGUUAUCUUGCUGAAAUCAGUCGGGAUACAAAUCUAACUCUCGAUAGAUUUAUGGACAUUGCACAAUUGGUUUCCGGGUUUCCAAGAGAAUCUCACGAUGCGUUGUAUCGUGCCAUCGACAUGUUUCUUAAGGAACAUCCAACAAUCAACAAGAGUGAUAGAAGGCGAAUUUGUCGGGUGAUGGAUUGCAAGAAGCUCUCUGCAGAGGCAUGUGUUCAUGCAGUGCAAAACGAACGUCUACCAAUGAGGGUGGUGGUUCAAGUUCUGUUUUUUGAACAGAUCAAAUCGACAUCAUCUUCAUCAUUAUCUGGCGGUUGUAUCACACCUGAUUUACCAUCCAAGUCCUAUGGUAGCUCGAGAUCUGCAACGACUAACACUGACGAGGACUGGGAUGCUAUCCACAAUGCAGAGGCUUUGAAGGUUGAGCGAAAUGAGACAGCUAAAAUGACAGCAAACAAAAUGUCUAAGAAGAUUUUAUCUAAGUUUUGGUCUGGAAAAGAUAGAGACAGUGAGAAUAGCAGCUCGGAGACAUCAGAGAGCCCGUGUUCUAGCAACACCGAAGCGGAGGAGACAAAGUCCACGACAAGAUGACUGUAAUGAGGGAUCUUGUUGGUUUUUUUCCAAUUUGGGAUUUGUAGAAGAAGAUUGGGAAAUCAUGUGUUUUUGGUUUAUUGUUUUAACAUCUUUGCUUUGUUUUAUUCUAUUCCCCCUUUUGUAUUAAUAAGUGGUCUAGUAUCUUUCCACUGAUGUUUGGGUAGAAAUAUUUUUACUAACUUUCCUUUUAUCUUCC